AUGGCUAUCGAAGAGUACAGUAGAUGGUCGAGAAAGUUUGAAGAUUGGUUGAUGGCGUUUGCAUUUGCUAGUUGGAAGAGUUUGAAGAAUGGUUAUGAACAUGGAGAUAAAUCUGGUGAAAUGUUGACCUCAGCUGAUGAGAUUAAUUCAUUUGUAGCUGAACAGAAGUGUAUAGCGUUGUUAUUUCAGUCUGUUUGUGAAGACAUAAAAUCACUGAUAGAUUAUAAAAAUGCAAAAGAUCUUUGGAAGAAAUUAGAAAAGAAAUGUAUAGGUAGUGAAGAGAUCAAGAAAAACAGAAUGAAACUACUUAGGAAAGAGUUUGACAUGUUUGGGUGUCUAAAGAACGAGUCGGUUUUUAAAAUGAUAGAACGAUUUGGUCAUCUGAAGCUGGAAUUGGCAAGGCAUGACAUCAGAUAUUCUGAGGAAGAUCUUAUCGACAAGUUGUUUGACUCGUUACCAGACGAGAUGGACUAG